GUUCUUUUUUUUGCGAUGGUUCAGACAGAUUCAGAUAAGAUGGGUCUUAAUUUGAAUCUAUCGAUGUACUCUCUAGCAAAACCCUUGUCUCAAUUUCUAGACGAAGUGUCUAGGAUCAAAGAUUAUGACUCGAAGCUGUCUGAAAUCGAUGGGUAUGUCGGAAAAUUAGAGGAAGAGAGGAGAAAAAUCGAUGUUUUUAAACGGGAGCUACCUCUAUGCAUGCUACUAUUGAACGAAGCUAUUGAGACGUUAAAGGAAGAGGCUUCAUCAUCAGUGAUGAUGGCAUCAGAUGGUAAAUUAGAUGUGGGUGAAGGGGCAAAAGUGGAAAGUGAUAAUAAGAAGAACUGGAUGAGCUCUGCCCAGUUAUGGAUCUCAAAUCCAAACUCCCAAUUGCAAUCGACAAACGAAAAAGAAGAUCGGUCUGUGACUCAUAAGCCUAAUCAGGGAGGGGCAUUUACGCCAUUUAACCUUCCUCCACCACCACCACCUCUAACUCUCAGGACUCCACCAUCAGAGAUACUUAUGGAUUAUAAUCAUCAGUUCAACAAACCUAUGCAGAGCCUUCACAGUCAGAAGAAAGAGCAGAGAAGGAGAUGGUCACAGGAUCUUCACCGUAAAUUUGUGGAUGCUCUUCACAGCCUUGGAGGGUCACAAGUGGCAACACCAAAGCAGAUUAGAGAUAUGAUGAAGGUUGAUGGUUUAACCAAUGAUGAAGUCAAGAGCCAUUUACAAAAAUAUAGAAUGCAUAUCCGUAAGCAUCCGCUGCAUCCAGCAGCAAAGACGUUGUCAUCAUCGGAUCAGGCUGUUUUGUUAGAUAAAGAAACACAAAGCUUGAUAAGUUUGACGAGAUCGGAUUCACCACAAAGCCCGCUUGUUGAUGGAUGUUUGUUCAAUAAUAAUGGUCAUAGCUCAGAGGAUGAAGAGAAAUCUGAUGGACGUAGCUGGAAAAGCGAGUCGAAUAAGAAAAGACAAGCGUUGGAUCUUGAGCUUUGAAGACCGAUCAUAAUACUAUAUGCUCAAAAACUUGAAAACGUUUGCUCGGGAGUUUUGUAGAUGUAAAACAUGAGAAGAGGGGGAAUAUAGAUAGAUUUUGUUCUUUUUUGUUGUUGUCUGGAUGUAUAAGUCCUUUUCUUGUUUUACCGUCGGUAAGAAGGUAAACAACAACCUUGUCGGUGUAAAGACAUGGUUUUCUUCAAUCUACCUAAUAUGAGAAUGAUUAUGGAAAAA